AUGCCACCGGCGCGGCAAGGUCCCAGCUGCCACCACCACCUCCUCCUCCUGGCCCUGCUGCUGUCCUCGCUGCCCCAGACCCGCGCCCCCGUGCCCCCAGGUCCCACUACCGCCGCCCUGCUCCAGGCUUUCGGGUUGCACGAUGCACCCCAGGGCGCCCCCAGGCUCCGGCCGGUUCCCCCGCUCAUGUGGCGCCUGUUUCGACGCCGGGACCCCCAAGAGACCUGGUCGGGCUCGCGACGGACGUCCCCAGGGGUCACCCUGCAACCGUGCCACGUGGAGGAGCUGGGGGUCGCCGGAAACAUUGUGCGCCACAUCCCGGACCGAGGUGCGCCCACCCGGGCCCCGGAGCCUGCCUCGGCUGCGGGGCAUUGCCCCGAGUGGACCGUCAUCUUCGACCUGUCGGCUGUGGAACCCGCCGAGCGCUCAAGCCUGGCCCGCCUGGAGCUGCGUUUCGCGGAGGCGGCAGAGGCUCCGGAGGGCGGCUGGGAGCUGAGCGUGGCGCUGGCUGGCCAGGGCGCAGGCGCGAGCCCCGGGCCAGUGCUGCUCCGCCAGGCGAUGCCCACCCUGGGGCCGCCGGUGCGCGCAGAGCUGCUGGGCACCGCCUGGGAUCGCAACGCCUCAUGGCCGAGCAGCCUCCGCCUGGCGCUGGCGCUGCGCCCCCGGGCCCCUGCGGCCUGCGCGCGCCUGGCCGAGGCCUCGCUGCUCCUGGUGACCCUCGACCCGCGCCUGUGCCACUCCCUUGCCCGGCCGCGGCGCGGCGCCGAACCGGUGUUGGGCGGCGGUCCCGGGGGCGCGUGUCGCGCGCGGCGGCUAUACGUGAGCUUCCGCGAAGUGGGCUGGCACCGCUGGGUCAUCGCGCCGCGCGGCUUCCUGGCCAACUAUUGCCAGGGUCAGUGCGCGCUGCCCGCCGCGCUGUCAGGGCCCGGGGGUCCGCCUGCGCUCAACCACGCCGUACUGCGCGCGCUCAUGCACGCAGCCGCCCCGGGAGCCGCAGACCUGCCCUGCUGCGUGCCCGCGCGCCUGUCGCCCAUCUCCGUGCUCUUCUUUGACAACAGCGAUAACGUGGUGCUGCGGCAGUAUGAGGACAUGGUGGUGGACGAGUGUGGGUGCCGCUAACCAGGCGCAGGCGGGAAUGCAGGCCCAAUAAACGCCUGUGGGCUGCUCUGCUGGUCUCCUCGGACUCAUUGCCUUGGGGGGGGGGGUUCGCCCUUCACUCCUGCAGGCAGCCCUGUCCUUUGCCUCAGUCUUCCUCUGGACUCCAUACCCCGCCCCCUUACCCAGGCAGGGCCCCAGCACCCUCCAUCCCCUGCAGUUCAUCCAGCCCUUGGUGUGUAGGCAAAACUGUUUAUUAAUAUUUUAUUGGUGACAAAAGAACUUAAAUUGACCAAAAAUCAAGUUACAUCGCCUUGGUACAGUGCGCCUGGGUUUGUCAAGGUCAGUGGCUGCUGCUACAAAGCUGGAGAACACAGCACAGGGCGAAGCAGAGGCAAAGUGGCCCAGCCCAACAGCUGGGGUGGGGCGGGCAGCGCCCCUCAGGCCACUGCAGGGUACAGCGGAAACCUAGCCGGGUCUGUGCCUCUACACGGCCUACCGGGAGAAGGGGAAACCGAAAGCCCUAGAGCAAUGGAAUAAAUACGAGGCCCUGCCAGAAGGAAGGCGGCCUGUACGUCCCAUCUGUCCCAGGCAGAAUGACACCCCAAGCUAGGUGUUCAAGGGGCUGGAGCAGUUCUCCUACUAAAACGACCCCACACUCCCAGCCUCUCACACAGAACCUGCUGACUUCUGUGACUUGUUUCCUUACCCCCAGCAGCAGCCAUCAUCCCAUCAGCAGAGCUGCUUGGCGGGCAGAGCUCCCACUUUGGGAGUGCGGUGUGCAGUGCCAUGUGUCUAACCAGCGCAGGACUGUCGGUACCUGCUGGGGACAGGGACAGGCCCUCUUGUCCUUCCACCAAAUCCUUCGAAGGACCCCAGGGAAAAGCCGUCGAUCCAGGAACAGCCACCUUCUCAUUCCCUGGCCACAGGGCCAGUCCUGGCCAAGGCCCCUCUCAGUGAGGCCAAAAGCACGUUCCUCACAGGCGCAGGGCCCUUCGCCGAGUCCAGGCAGGAAGCAGCUUGGCUUCUGAGUCCAGCGGAGAACGAGCAGCUUCCAGGCUCGGCGGACAGCUACCCCAGUGGCCCGAUCACCCAGUUCUUGAAGCUGCUGGAAGCUAAAACCUACAACAAAAAUCCUCCUCUGGGCCUAGGCACAGGUGUUGCUCCUCUUCUCCAGUGGCGCUGGCUUGUUUAAACUGUGUUUCUGGAAGCUUCUCGCAUCUCCCAGGUCCACCGCUAAGAUUUUAGAUAUAAACUUAGGAAAGUAUUUUUCAGUACUCUUUUAAAAGAAUUUUGGAAAAAAAAAAAAAAAACAGAAAAA